AUGAGACUUGGAACGUUUCUGCUCGGCCUUGUCUGCCUCCUAGGUGGAUUGGUUUCAGCCGAUACGGAAAUAGUGAAUUUCCAUCUUCCUUUACGUGGUCUUUCACAAGCAGAGACUAGCAAGGGUACAUUGGCGAACGCAGAGGUGACGACGUUAUAUCCUUCCAACCCGUUGCUGUUCAAUCUAUCUUCAUCUGAUCCUGAAAAACACUUCCAACUGAAUUUAAACGGAAACGGGCAUAAAUCAUGGACGAUAAGAGCUUCAUAUCCUGGAUCUUCCCCAGUCAAAUUGAAAAUGAUUGAACCCAAUUCGAAAUUCCAAUUCUCAAUUACCGGUCAAGCUUUAUCACCUAGGAUGAAUCAUUCAUUCCUUCAACAAUACAUCGUCAAGUAUCUUCCCACAGAUACUGACCCGACAAAGGUAGAUCGACUGGAAGAUUUCGAUACUGUCAUUUCGAUCGUUCUAGAACCGUUGAUAUUGGGUAUAAUACCUCAAACUGCUUUACCUACUAUUGCAAUCGUACUUGUCUUUGUUCUGGGUGCUGGAACCAUCCUACCGUACGUUAUUAUAUCUAUCGAGAAAGGACUGGCCUGGUCGGAUGUCAAUGCUCAAAGUAGAAAGAUAGAAUGA